CCCGACUUUGCGGCAGUGCUCUGUUCGCCGAAUAAUCUAGUUCCCUGUGAGCAUGUGGCUGCUUAUGGUUAUAACGCCAUGACUACCCCUAAAUCGUUGCCUGAAUCCCGAGUACGUGGUUGACUUCAGACUUUAAACGGGGAUUUAGCUUCAUUGGCAACACUGCAUCGGACUCUGUCCAUUUUCGGAAGUGGAAUCGUUGAAGACAAAAAUUUGUGGCUUACUGCCAUCAUCAUAUGACGGUGAGACAGGUUCUCUCAGCUGCAAGCUAAAAAUGUUUCCGCUUUCUGUCCAGAAUGCGUUCUGAGAUUCGAGUCGGGAAAAGCGACGGUCUAGACCACCAACCCCUGGCAUGACCCUUGCGCUUAGUGUGACGUUCCAUCUCAGAUACCGGAGAUGAGUAAGGAGAUAACAUGACUGCUGAUGGGGAGCGUAAUGGAGGGAAUACAAAAGGGCUGGCCUUAGUGGCUGCACGGACACUAGCAGAGCAUUGCGAGUAUCUGAUCUACACAGCUGCAAGUUUCUUAUACAAGGAACACAAACAGUAUCAAAGUACAUCACAUACGACUACCAUGGAUCCUUUUCCGUCUGGCUUUGUCGAAAAUACGUGGCAUCAGCCCUCGGGGUACCCUGCCUUUCCAUCACCCCCCGAUACUCAUCUCGGCUUCCAUGGCCUUGAUCCAUCAAGUGCACUAGUCAAUGCUCCAAAUGAUAUGACUCAGCUCGAUCCUUGGUUCUGUCAGAGAUGGCUAGAUAAUUCUGGGGACGUGCAAACAGAAGCUCCCGCAAACUCAGUCCACAGCCAGGGUUCCUCAGCAACACCAUAUUUAGAAUACGGCAUUCACGACAAUGUCCAGCCUGCUCAAGAAGAAUACUCAUGCGAAAUGUCCAAAACCCAACAGCAAGCAAAGCCCAAGUCACGCAAAUCUACAGCUGUCGCAAAGCAAAGCAACUCCUGCAAAGGCGACCAAAGCCAGAAUUCUGAACAAGAUAGAGCCUCGCGUAUUCGAGAGAGGAAUCGGAACAUUGCGCGCAAAUAUCGAAACCGUAAACACCAUGAAGCAGAGGCAAUGGAAACUUAUGUGGAGAAAUUGCAAGGGGAGAAUGCCAUGUUAAGGGCCCGCUGCAAUAGGUUGACCGAGGAAGUGCUGGAUCUCAGAAGUCUAUUACUGCAGCAUUCAGAGUGCAAUUGUACUAUGAUCCAGGCCUUCAUUGUCGCUGAGGCCAAGCGGUCACUGCAGAGCCUUCUUUCACCAAACCCAUCAGGUUAAGUUAAUGUAUAGAGUAUUGAACUGAGCUGGAGGAACAUCUUCUAUUGAGUCUUACAUGUUAACCACGAGAAGUAAACUACAGUAGUGUCCUGGCUACAUAGCCUCUAAGGGUACUUAUUUAUGGCUUGUGCUUUCUAUUGCUAGGAGUAAGACACGUGAUAUCAAUUUAUACGACACAUUAGGCUGCAAUGCGUUCUGACCGAUGACUCUCCUCUUAUAUCUU